AUGUGGCUUGAUAAUGUUGCCCUUAUAAUCAAUCCUAGAGGAAUCCACAUUGCCAAUGAUUUGGUAGUAGCAAUAAUAGCCUUAGACAUGUCAUUCGAGUCUAUGAUUAUUCUCACCAUAACCCCUAAGAAAUGGGUUGUUCAAAAAGUUAGGUUCAUAGUGAGGAUGAGGCUAGUUUGGCUGGAGGUUGAAGUUGGUAUGACAAUGUUAGUGGUUUCAAUGUUGAAAAAGAUGAUGGAAGAGGGUGUGAUGAUGAUGGCUAGUUCAGUUGGAGAAGAUGAUGAGGAGGGUUUGUUGGUGAUGGCUAGUUCGGUUGGAGAAGAUGAUGGAGGAGGGUGCGUUAGUGGUGGUCGGAGAAGACGAUGGAUUAUUCAAAGAGUUUAUGAACCUCUCGGUGUAAGGAGAUGCUUCCCGCAAGAAUGA